UCUAUCUCCCGGCCCACAUAGCACUGGCUGCUAUAUCGGUCAAGUGCAGGCCUGCCACACGGACGCGCUCACUUGCCACAGCUGUAAGGUUACGGGGAAAAAACAUCCCUCACUUACUCUGACGCUGCCUUUCUGUCGGCACGUUAUAAUACUCCCACACCACCCAACAACAUCUCCUUCCUCCCUUACGGAUCCCCCGUCAUCACUUUGCAGCUUGAGGUCUCUUGUCUCCAAGUCGACGUUCUUUGAAUCCACGGACACUCGUUACCUUGGACGAAGAGACAAGAUGCCUCCUUCGACCAAACCCAAGCUUGCACAGCUCAAGACGCCAAUGACUUCGACCUUCCCAUCGGAGUUGUCUGCGCUAUCCGCAAAGAGUCCGUAUCCUGGAUUCGCCGACUUCAUCAAACAGGAGGACUCUCUAAAGACACCCAUCACUCCUCCUACUGCAUAUACGGACUUUCUCAAGACCAUGAGCCCCAUCACUGGGGACAAGUCUUCUGGACGAACCACACCUACUUCCGCUCCCUCCACCGGAUCCAGCGAGCAUAGCGACUGCUCAUGCAAUUGCGAUACACAUAAAUCACCUACCUCAGCGGUUCCGUCUUCUGCCACCUUUGUAUUCCCAUCUUCAGCUCCAUCAACUGGCAGAUUAGGACGUCUGCGGAUACCACCUUCACCUGCCUUCUCGACCGCCGAGUCACCCUUGAGCGCAAGCGCAACAUCUGCAAUUCGUUCCCCUUUCAGUGCGCGGAGUGCUCGGUCUCCGUAUGACUGGGACCUGAAGGCCAAAGGAAGAUACUUCGACAUCAAGUCUCCCAAAUCGGCACGAUCAAGUAUCAGACAAGUGAGGGAGAUUGUAACGAGGACUGUCACAUAUACACCACGAAUGUCACCCGCACCAAAGGGGAAGAGGAGGAAGAUCGACUGAUUGCAGUCAUUAAUGGUUAACGCAAUGUCGGAUUCACGUUUGCUUUGUGGGGAUAUUCAUCUCAUAUUUACGUUCAUC